UCAGCAAGUUUGCGCCUCGCAGGAAUGGGCGCAAUCUGUUCAUCAUCAUCAUCAUCAUCAACAACAACAACAAACGAACCGGACAUGUGGAAUCUCCCAGAAUGCACUUUUCAUCUCGUCAGCUCCAUUCCAGCCGUAGUUGCCAACAAGAUUGUCAGAUAGACGACUCGAAACAGAUCACGAGAAUGGAAACGUUUUGCCGUGCGCAAACAAGCGUGCGUUCGAAUUCAUUUUAACUGAUGUCGAGCAAGGUCGCCGUGGUAACAGGGGGCAACAAAGGCAUCGGCUUGGCCAUCGUGCGGGCGCUCUGCGAGCAGUUCCGCGGCGACGUCUACCUCACCGCCAGAAACGAGGGGCGCGGCCAAGAGGCCGUGGCGGCCUUGAGCGACGGCGGGUUGAAGGUCAACUUCCAUCAGCUGGACCUGGACGACGUCGCCAGUAUUGCGGCGGCGGCCGACUUCUUCAAGCACAAGUACGGCGGCGUGGACGUGCUCGUCAACAACGCCGGCAUCGCUUUUAAAGUGGCCGACACGACUCCGUUCGGCGUCCAGGCCGACGUGACGCUGCGGACCAACUACUUCGGGACGCGCGACGUGCUGACGCACUUCCUGCCGCUGGUCAAAGCCGGAGGCCGCGUGGUGAACGUGUCGAGCGCGGUGGGCGUGCACAGCCUGAAGAUGUGCAGCCCGCCGCUGCGGGAGCGUUUCCGCAGCGACGACAUCACCGAGGACGAGCUGACGGCGCUCAUGCGGCGCUUUGUGGAGCUCGCCCGGCAGGGCCAGCACAAGCAGGAGGGCUGGCCCGAGAUGGCCUACGGGGUCUCCAAGAUCGGCGUGACGACGCUGUCCAUGAUCCACGCCAGGCGUCUGUCCAAAGAGCGUCCGGGCGACCAGAUCCUGGUGAACGCGUGCUGCCCCGGCUGGGUGCGCACCGACAUGGCCGGCCCGAAAGCGCCCAAGACUCCGGAGGAAGGCGCCGUCACGCCCGUCUUCCUGGCCCUGCUUCCCGCCGGCGCGACGGAGCCUCACGGCAAGUUCGUGUCGGACAAAACGGUCCAGGCCUGGUGAAGGGAGAACCUGUCCCCCCCCCCCACAUGUGCCGCCUUUUUCAUCGAGAAUUUAAAUCGAUAUUCACGACUGCCGAUCCGUCAAAAAGGGAAUCAAAUGGUUUGCCGUAAAGAGCAAUAAAGAGAAAUCGGAGUGAGUCCGGAAUGGCGGCUGUGUGAAG